CUCUGGGCGUGAUAAGGAGAAUUUGCACAGACGUCGGCACUAUAAAUGCGAUUGCAGUGCCGAAAAGCGGGCAAACAGUUUACAAAAGUUGACGACAACACAGCACUCGGAAAUAUUAAAAAUAUAUAAAAAACAGAAAAGAUAUCUAAAGCAACAUGAAGUGCCUAGUUCUCAUAAGUGUUUUGGUGAUCCUGUCGCAGUGCUUGGCGAAAAGCAUUAAAAUCCAGCGGCGUCAUCAGCUGAACCAUCAUUUGGGAGUUGUAAAACCCGAGACUCGUGUGGUCGGAGGAGUGGACUCCCCCAGUGGCUUCGCUCCCUACCAGGUGUCCAUUAUGAACACCUUUGGCGAGCAUGUCUGCGGUGGCAGUAUCAUCAAUGAAGAGUGGAUCCUCACCGCCGCCCACUGCCUGGAGUGGCCCAUUCAGUACCUGAAGAUCAUCACCGGCACCCUGGACUAUACGAAGCCUGGAGCGGAGUAUCUGGUGGAUAAGUCGAAAGUCCAUUGCAGUCACGACAAGCCGGCCUACCACAAUGACAUUGCCCUGAUUCACACGGCCAAGCCCAUCGUUUUCGACGCACUUACCCAACCCAUCCGGCUGGCCAGCAAGGGCAGUCUGCCCAAGGCGGGGGAUAAGCUCACACUGACCGGCUGGGGCAGCACCAAGACCUGGGGCAGGUAUUCCACGCAGCUGCAGAAGAUCGAUCUGAGGUACAUCGAGCACGAGACCUGCGAGUCCAGCGUGCGCAAUGCCAACUGGCUGGGCGAGGGCCAUGUGUGCACCUACACCCAGGAGGGCGAGGGAUCCUGCCAUGGCGAUUCCGGCGGCCCUCUGGUGGAUGCCAACCAAACGCUCGUCGGCGUGGUCAACUGGGGCGAGGCCUGCGCCAUUGGCUAUCCGGAUGUCUUCGGUUCGGUGGCCUACUACCACGACUGGAUCGAGGAGAUGAUGACCGAGGCGGGAACCGCCUGCUAAGGGUCUAAAAGUCACCCAAGGGGGUACAAAAGCCAAAAACCGAACAAAAAUAGCGCCAGCCAUUUAAUGGCUCCUGCCUAUUGAUCAAAUUAGCCCGUAAAGUUUAUCACUCAGAUAUCAUGGAUAUCGUAAAUUAUUUAUGAACAAAUAAAUGAGCAAUUACGCUUCACUUUUAAGUAACAAA